AUGGAGCGGAGGAACCACAGUGGGCGAGUGAGUGAAUUUGUGUUGCUGGGCUUCCCCGCUCCAGCACCACUAAGAGCACUGUUAUUUUCCCUUUCUCUGUUGGCCUAUGUGUUGGUUCUGACUGAAAAUGCACUCAUCAUUACAGCAAUUAAGAACCACCCCACCCUCCACAAACCCAUGUAUUUCUUUCUGGCAAACAUGUCCUUCCUGGAGAUCUGGUAUGUCACUGUCACAAUCCCCAAGAUGCUGUCUGGCUUCAUGGGAUCCAGGCAGAGCCAUGGACAGCUCAUCUCCUUCGAGGGCUGCAUGACGCAGCUCUACUUUUUCCUGGGCUUGGGCUGCACUGAGUGUGUCCUGCUUGCUGUCAUGGCCUAUGACCGCUAUGUGGCCAUCUGUCAUCCUCUCCACUAUGCUGUCAUUGUCAGCAGCCGGCUGUGUGUGCACCUGGCAGCUGGCUCCUGGGCUGGAGGGUUUGGUAUCUCCAUGGUCAAAGUUUUUCUUAUUUCUCGCCUCUCUUACUGUGGUCCCAACACCAUCAACCACUUUUUCUGUGAUGUGUCCCCACUGCUCAACCUCUCGUGCACUGACAUGUCCACAGCAGAGCUCACAGACUUCAUCCUGGCCAUUUUUAUCCUUCUGGGGCCACUCUGUGUCACAGGGGCCUCUUACAUGGCCAUCACCGGCGCGGUGAUGCGCAUCCCUUCCGCUGCUGGACGCCAUAAAGCCUUCUCGACCUGUGCCUCGCACCUCACUGUUGUGAUCAUCUUCUAUGCAGCCAGUAUCUUUAUCUAUGCCCGGCCUAAGGCACUGUCGGCGUUCGACACGAACAAGCUGGUCUCUGUGCUCUAUGCCGUCAUUGUACCGCUGCUCAACCCCAUCAUUUACUGCUUGCGCAACCAAGAGGUCAAAAGAGCCCUUCGUCGUACACUGCACCUGUACCAAGACCGGGAUGCGAAUGCCAAGAAAUCUGGCAGAGCUGGGUGA